AUGCCCGAUCACCGUGACCUUCACGUCACCUUCCCGAAGGUGGAGGCGCCUAGCAAGAUCAAGAGAAAGGCCGAGGGGCAGAAGGAGAUGGUCGACCUGCGCCCAAUGAACGGCGGCUUCCCUAUCUUCGACCAGGGCCACCUUGGCAGCUGCACCGCGAACGCGUUGGCGGCUGCCUUCCACUUCACCCUGCACAAGAUGGAGGUGGAGAACAACAAGGACUUCGCCGACUUCACCCCAAGCCGCCUGUUCAUCUACUACAACGAGCGCCUUGUUGAGGGCAGCGUGAACCAAGAUGCUGGGGCCAUGAUCCGCGACGGCAUCAAGACGAUGUCCAAGGUGGGCGUCUGCCCCGAGAGCGUUUGGAAGUACGACGACGGCCCGACCUUCUUCAAGCAGGAGCCCAACCAGCAGGCCUACGACAUCGCGCAGAAGUGCAGGGUCAUGGGCUAUGCCCGCGUUGCACAGGACCUGAGCCAGAUGAAGAUGUGCAUCAAGAGCGGUUACCCCUUCGUCUUCGGCUUUGCCGUCCUGUCAAGCUUCCAGACAGCGGAGGUUGCCAGGACCGGCAAGAUGGUGAUGCCCCAGGCGACCGACCAGCAGCUGGGCGGCCACGCCGUGUGCGCCGUCGGCUACGACGACUUCCAGCAGUGCUUCAUCGUCCGCAACUCCUGGGGAGAGGGGCAGCCUGACUCCAAUAGUUAG